UUUUCGUAGACACACAAAAACAAUCAAUCGGCACUCUUUCUUCUCUCUCUGCCGUUUUGCCAGCUGUCCACCUACUCUCACCGGCCGGAAAUCUCUCCGGCGCCUUGAGAAGUGAAAAAAUGGCGGAACGUGAUAGUGAUCGAAAGGCCUCUUACUUUGACGAGUUCUUUAAAGUAUAUCUGCCUGAUCAGAACUCUCAACGUCUGCGUGUACCGCCGGAUUUUGUCAAGCAUUUCAAUGGAACCAUACGCAACAAUGCCAUACUUAAAGAUCUUGGUGGAAAAAUUUGGCAUGUAGAGAUGGAAGAAGCUGAAAAUGGAAUAUAUUUCAAGAAUGGAUGGCAGAGAUUUGCAAAUGAUCAUUCUUUAGUGUUUGGGGAUUUUGUGCUGUUUACAUACAAAGGAAAUUCGUUAUUUGAUGCUAAAGUAUUUGGGAAGAAUGGAUGCUUGAAGGAAGAAGCUUUUGCAAACAAAUGCAUGAAUGAAGAAGCUUCUAAUGCUGAUAAGAUUGCCGUACCUGUUAAGAUUAAAGAAGAGUCAGAAGAAGAGCACACUUGUUUUGUGCCCAUUCAUAAUUGCAAAUGGAAGUAUUCAGAGAUAGGCAGGAAAAGAUGCAAAAUUUCCCUAGGGAAAUCUAAAAGGCUGGUACGUGAAGCAAGUAGCGAUGGAAUUACUAAGAGAACCUUACAUCCAAUAGUUCCAAGGGCAAUUCAAGGGGAUGAAGAAGCUCUUGAAGUAGCCAGCAAAUUCGUGUCAAAAUUUCCGUUCUUCAAAAUUGCUAUGAAGCCUGCUUAUAUUACUGGUGGGGUUAUGAAUAUACCAUCAAGAUUCCUGAAGAGCUACAUGGAAAAGGAUAGAGAAAGUGUUAUACUUCUCGUUUCAGAUCAAUCGUGGCCUGUGAAAGUGAUUAGAAGCAGAAAAAGCGUAUGUAACUUCUCAGGCGGUUGGCGCGUAUUUAGAAGGGAAAACACACUAAAACCAGGAGAUGUUUGCAUCUUUGAGCUGGUGGAUAGAAAUGAUUUUGUUCUCAAAGUUUCUAUUUUCAGAUCACUAGAUUGAGCAGUUGUCUAUGGUUGCUAUGUUGUUCUUUAGAGCUAACUAGCUAAAUACUUGUUGGAGAUAGAUUAAAUAUAAGUAGUCAAAGCUUGCAGCUGGGAAGAGACUUGCAUUGUGUCAUGCCUCACAUGGCUUCGCAUCUCACGCAUUAAAGCAAGAUUGAAUCCUACCUAGGAUGGUCGCCUCCGGUUUUCCCCCUUUAUUUAUUUGAGGUAUUUGUUAUGUUUGCUGAGAUUGUUGUAUAUGCUUGAGCUAUUUGUUGGGGUCUUGUGUGUCUUGUCUUUAUUGUAGAAAUGGAACUGCAUUAAAUUAAGUUA